AUGUCGAUAAUCUCCCGAAAUGGCUUUCUCAUCCCCAAAGCAGGUCUCCAAAAUAGCGCAGCAACGACGCUGAUAGCGCAACAAGUGUGGCAUCUGGGCACAAAAGAGGUCAAGCGAACAAUAAGACGGCAUCACAAGCCCAAUGCUCGAAUUGCAUCCCUGGUCUCUACCUGCCAGGGCCUCAGAAAGUACCAAUACCGGUCCUGGGUCAAGCGCAGAGCUUUGGCCAAAAACAGUCUACUGAAGAAGUAUGCUCACCAUAUGGCAAGCAAACUCACUGAUCGUGCUUUGGUUAUGCUUUCACUCUUCGCCUGGCAUUUUGACUCGAGAAUGGUCCCUCUCUCCCGAGGUCUUAUUCAAUUCUUCGCCAAGCCUGACGACCAAUUUGAAUCGAUUUGCGCAUCGAUUCACCUCAGCUACACCAAAAUGUACGGAUCGCUCUCGUUGGCGGACUUCAAAGAGAAAUUGAGCCAUCUAUUAGGGUUUCUAGAAUGGCACGUGAUCAAAGGGGACGCCGUCUUGUAUAUCUAG